UGUCUCUAUUUUUAUAAUAGUAAACACAAAUUGAUGUCUUAUAAAACUUUGGGUGAAAAACCUAAACCUUUUAAAAUAGAAGAAGAAGGUGAACUUUAUUACUUGGGAUCAGAAGUUGGCAAUUAUUUAAGACUAUUUCGUGGAUCGUUAUAUAAGAAAUAUCCUUCUCUAUGGAGAAGGAUAGCUACUCUUGAUGAAAAGAAACAAUUAUAUAAAUUGGGUAUCACUCAACAUACCCUUGUGGUUAAUAUAACUUUGGUUAAGGCAAAAGAAGUUGAUGAUAUUUUUGAAGGCAACGAUAUAAAAUACAAAGCUGUCUCAUUCAAUAGUGGUCUUAAUCCUAGUACUGCAUUAGAAGGUGGAAUUAAUCCUAGGGAAAACAAAAUUGGCAAAAGAAGUUCGGCUGUUAAUUCUAUGUUACUUUUCAACAAUCCUAUCAAUUCCACAAUCAUGCAAGGACCAAAUCUUUUAGGAAACAUCCCGUUAGGUGGCAUAGUAGGCAACACAAACCCAUCUAACAAUUCUGCUAAUGGCUUAAAUAACGCCUCCACGACCUGGAAUAAUUCAUAUCACCUUGACGCCGUCCCUUCUGCAACUCCUAUAUCUAGAACUCGGGCUAAUAAGAAAAUCAGAAAUUACGACGACAUAUUAUCCCCACAAAACCUAUAUAAUCCACACGAAGAAAAAGAAGGUGCGGCAGAAAAAUGCCACGAGCAGCUGAUACCUAUCAGAUUGGACAUGGAAAUAGAUGGCGCUAAAUUACGCGACGUUUUUAUUUGGAACAAAAACGCCAAACGAUCUUUGAUUGAAAAUAUGGGCGAAAUCCUUUGUGAAGAUGUCCAACUCCUGCCUCUCUCCACCUAUCUCCCGGCCGUUUGCCAGGCAAUGCGACAACAGAUUGACACGCAUUUCGAAAAUUUUUACUACCAUCCCCCGAUUAAAAAGGACAUCUCGGAUAGUUUAAAAAGCGUUGAAAAUGGUGAUACUGUAAGUGAAAUUAUACGCGGAAAUGAUGGCCAAGUUGAUGGGAAUUCAGUUGGAAAUGGAAAUGUGGAAAAGGAAUCCGGAAAGAAAGAAAGUAAUAUCAGUAAUCCAAAAGAUCAAAAAAUCGGCCAGGAAGAAGAAGAAAAUGAUUAUUUGUAUUCCAUGGCAUCUCUUGAUCAAAGAGUUGUUAUUAAGCUUAACAUCCACGUGGGAAAUGUGAGCCUUGUGGAUCAAUUUGAAUGGGACAUCUCAGACCCCGACAAUGACCCUGAAUUAUUCGCUCAAACAUUGUGCAAAGAAUUAGGCUUAGGGGGAGAAUUUUUGACCUCCGUAGCUUACAGUAUACGUGGACAGAUCUCUUGGCAUCAUAAAACAUACGCUUUUAGUGAAGCUCCUUUACCUACUGUGGACAGCGCAUUCAGAAAUACUAAUGACGUUGAUGCCUGGUGUCCUUUCAUCGAAAUUUUGACAGACGCGGAAAUGGAGAAAAAAAUUCGAGACCAGGACAGAAAUACUAGGAGAAUGAGAAGACUGGCGAACACAGCUCCAACUUGGUGAAUUAUUGCUUUAUCAUCAAAAAUAUAUUAUUGAUCUCAUGAAAUAUAAUAAUUUUAUAUUUUAAUUUUUUGUAAAGUAAAAAUAUUUUUUUAUAUUUUGAAUUACUUUGUGAUUGUAUUUACAUAAAAGAACAACUUAAUAUUUAUUGUUAGAAAGAAUA